AUGGAACAAUUUAUAUCAUAAUUAGGUGAUAAGAAAUUCAGAAAAGAAUUAGAAGAGUUAAUUGAAUUAAAUGAUGAGUAAUAAUAAUAUUAACAUUUAGAUAAACCAUGGAUUAAUUGAUAUAAGCAAUGAAAAAGAUUAUGAAUGAAAAAUAUCCUCCAAAGGAAUGUCUUUUUGGAUUAAAGAUAGUUAAAGAUUGUAUGGAAAAAUUUAAUGAAAAUUUUAAAUUCAAAGUCAAAUAACAUUUAAUGGAUUAUAUCUAUUAAGUUGCUAUAUACAGAAUCAAAGAUAUAGAUGAUACAAGAGGAGCCACCUAUUUCAAAAACCCAGAACAUGAUAAGACUAUUGAAUAAUAUGGAGCAAGUUAUCAUCGUUUAGCAUUAGAUUGCAUACAAGUAUGGUCUAAAUGGUUUCCUGAAUUUGCUAUUUAUGAAAAAAAUUUAAUCAAAGAAAAUGGAUAUUUACCCUAAAUUAAUUACUUUAAGCCAGAAGAAAUUGAAAAGCAUAUACCUAAAGUAUAAGCGACUCCUACUCCUUUAGAUGAAACAUAAUAAAUUUAAAUGAAAGCUUAAGAACUUCAAUAAUAACUCAUAAAUUUACUUAAUAUCAAUAAGGAUGAAAAUAAUGCAGUUAUUAAUGAAUUAGCAACAAUUAAUGCUUAAGUGGAAGAUUUAUUACUUUUAGAUGUUUAAAAUGAAUUUGUAGAGGAUUUUAUAAUGUCAUAUCAAGAUUAUCAAGGAGGAAAUCUUAGUUAUUAAUAAUUAAGAUAGUAAUAUUUAAAGAAUUCUAAAUCACAAUUUUAAUAAGAAGUUCCUUCUAUUUAAAAUCAAUAAGCAUCAAAAAUUCAAAAGCCACCUUAAUAAAUUAUCAAUUCUGAAAAUGAUCAAAAAUAAAAGUAAUCACAAAUUUAUCUAGAAAAGAAUGAAGAUAAAUUUAUGAUUGAGAAUUUGAAAUAAAUUAUAAAUUAAAAUGAAAAUGUAAUUGCAAAUAUGAGAUCAGAGUUGUAACAUCAAGUACAAAUAAAUGAAAGAUUAAGUAAUGAAAACAAUCAAAAGUAAACUGAAAAUCAAAAACUUUAAUUAGAAAUUAAGUCAUUAAAAUAAAAACAAUAAGAUGAAUAUCAAUAUUAUUAAGAUAAUUUAUUAGAGAUGCAAUAAUAAAUUUAGCAUUAUUAAGUAUUACUUGAAUAAUCAAAAUAAUAAAUUAUUUCAUCUUAAGUAAAAGUAGGAUAAUAAUAAUAAGAAAUACCUAUUGAAUCUUAAAUUGGAUUUUAAAAUUUGUAAGAAGAACUUGAGAAUUUAAGAGUAGAAAGAAAUUUGUUAUUGGAAUAACAAAAAAUAUAUUAAUAAAAAAGUGGUUAGGCUUGUAAUUAAUUAGAUUUUAUGAAUUUAAAGAAAAAGUAUGAUGAUUUAGAUAGCAAAUAUUUUUUAUUAAAAUAAGAAAAUCAAAAAUUAAGAUAAUUAUCUAUUGAAUAUAAUAAUUUAUAAUCAGCAAAUUAAAGUAGAAAUGCUGAUAGUGUUAAUAGAGAAAUUGAUUAUUAGGAUGACUAUUAAAAUUAGAAUUUUGCAUUUUACAAUUUUAAAGAUCCUGAUCUUUAAUCUUAAGCUUUAUAUAUAAAACCAUAAUCUCAAAUAACAAAAUCAAAUUAAUCAAGAGAUGUUUCAUAACUCAUUUAUCCUCAUAAAACUGCAUCAGAAUAUUAUAGAGUAAAUGGUAAAAAAUAAUUCAGAGGUAUUUAAAUUAAUAGAAAUUAAUUUCAACUUUAAUUGAAUAGCACUAAUAUUAUUAAUUUUAAGAAAGCAAGUAUAAAUUAAUUAGCAAUCUUAUUUUAAUCAAAUAAAGUUGAAAUUAAAUCAAGAUAAUAAAUUUUAUAUGGUAAUAAUCAAUAAGAAUAUAUAUCUACUACUUUAAGUAUUAAAAAUAAAGAACUAAAGCCUGUUUAGGUAUAAAUUAUCAAUUAUAAUAAAAAUGUAUGGGUUAAUAAGGAUUUAAAGAGUGUGUUGUUGUAAUCAUAAUAAUAAAUAUUGUAUGAAUUUAUUAGAGAAGCUAAAAUAAAAGAUCACUUAUAAACUCAAUUAUCUUUUUCAAUUAAGUAUUGUUAUUUAUUAAUGUUAUUAGUUUUGAAAAUUUUAUUUUAUAUUUACCAAACUUUAUUUUAACAUCAUUAAAAUUUUAUUCAAUAGAACCUCGCUCUUUUAAAACUAUUAAAUAAUAGUUUUUGGGAAAGGUAUACAAAACUUAAUUACUCCCUAUUGUUUGUGUUGAGGAAUUAAAAUAAUUUAGCUAAAAGGGAGUGUUAUUGAAUAAUUGGGAAUAAGAGAAUGAAGAAUUGAUUACUGAAAGUAAAUUUGGAUUUAAAGCAGUAUUAUUAAAUCAACUAGAAUUUUAUUUAGAAUUGAUUACAACACCUUGCGAUGAAUUUUUACUUAGAGGGUUCACUUCUUUCGAUGAAGACCUAUUAUAAUUCAUUCUUAAUGGAUUAUCAAAUUUAUUUAGUUGA